AUCAGUGUGCUGGCAGAAGACUAUGGCAAGGCGAUCCAGGCAGCGGAGUGCAUGUUUAAGCUCAAGCCUCCCAAUUGGUACUUAAAGUCCACCAUCGGCAACAUCAUGCUCAUCAAUAGGUUCAGGAAGCGAUCAGAAGACAAUGAGCCAACUCCAGAAGAGAACAUCUUCAAUUUCUGGAUUGACUACUUUGUGGAGGGCACCAAGACAGAGUUGGGGGAUGUUAUCCGCUUCCCGAUUCUGAUAUUGGAACCAACGGGGAUGUACCAGCCAAGUUAUUAUUUGCCCAGCUAUGUGACUGUCAACCUUGGAGCUGAAGAGAAAAGCAUCCAGCUCUCAAAUCUCUGCAUUGACAGAAUGAAGGGAAUAUGUAGACGUGUUCAUGAGUGGCUCUUCACAGCCAGCAGCAUCAAGUCAAUAACGUUGUACAAACGGGAUGAGCGUGCAGUGUUCCUAUAUGUGCAAGAAAACUCCGAUGACUUCCAGAUGUUCUUCCCAUCAGAGCAGUGCCGACAGAUCUUCUUCCGAUUGGUGCUAGAGCUGACAGCCAACCAGAAGGGGACUGUCAUGGACCUGGAAGCAGAGUUCUCCUCCGGGCCCAUUCAGUAUGAAUACGAAUUAGAAGAUAGUGGAAAGCGCCUUAUACUAGGAAAAGGUACAUAUGGUGUAGUGUAUGCAGCAAGAGAUCUGAACACACAAGUCAGAAUUGCUGUGAAGGAAGUCCCAGAGAAAAAUAUAGGGGAAGUCCAACCUUUGCAUGAAGAAAUCAAGCUCCACUCUGAGCUCCGCCACCGUAACAUUGUGCAGUACCUCGGGACAGUGUCGGAAGAUGGUUUCUUCAAGAUCUUCAUGGAGCAGGUUCCGGGAGGGUCUCUCUCUGCUUUGCUUCGGUCAAAGUGGGGGCCCCUCAAGGAAAACGAAGCAACUAUUGCCUACUACACAAAGCAGAUCCUGGAAGGCUUGAAGUAUCUGCAUGAUCAGAAAAUAGUUCAUAGGGAUAUUAAAGGUGAUAAUGUUCUAGUCAAUACUUACACGGGAGUUGUCAAGAUCUCAGACUUUGGUACCUCAAAACGUCUGGCUGGAGUGUGCUUGAGCACAGAGACCUUCACAGGCACCUUACAGUACAUGGCUCCAGAAGUCAUUGACAAGGGAGCCAGAGGAUAUGGAGCUCCAGCAGAUAUCUGGUCACUCGGCUGCACAAUUGUGGAAAUGGCAACAGGGAAACCUCCUUUCAUAGAGCUUGGCUCUCCUGAGGCAGCCAUGUUCAAGGUUGGCUUAUACAAGAUGCACCCAGACAUCCCAGAACAACUGAGUGAAAAGGCGCACAGCUUCAUCCUGCGCUGCUUUGAGCCCGACCCCAAUAAGAGGGCGACUGCGGCCCAGCUGCUAGAAGACCCGUUCCUGACUGAGUACGACACAUUGGGAAGGAAGAAGAAAGGCAUGCGGCUGACAAACCAGCAGGAAUUCUCUCGCAGCGUGUCUGUCCCAGCAGACCGCAGCAUCCGGCAGCAUGGGGAUAAAUGCCGUCUGGCCAGCUCUCCUGACGAUGGCCUAGAGUUCGGGUAUGGGUAUGGCUCCCGUUGCAACACAGCUGGCAGUCCCAGUGUCUCCCCAGCCUCCCCCUCCUCCUACCUCUCAUCUCUCUCAUACACCAGCUCAGUUAUGACUGGUUCUGAUCUCGACGAUGCUCUCAUGACCCGACGUUCCUCAAGCAGUGGUCUUCUCUCGCCCGAUGUGGAGUCACCAAGGACGGAUGGGGAGCAGGAUGGAUUCUACCUUCUGAAAAAAGAUUCUCAACGACGGACAACUCUCACCAAAGUGUUGGUUCAUGAUCAACAGAAAAUUGUUCAAAUUUGGUUCCAGCGUCUGCAGCAGGAACUAGGCAGUGCCAAGUUGUUACUCACUCAGGACCAGUUGGUGGUCAUAAUGGUUGGCCUGCGCGAGUACAUCCCGGAGCAGAAGAGAUUAGCCAUAGAGCAAGCUUUUGCAGCCCUCAAGAAUGAGACCGAAUUUGAGGAGACGGUGAAUCAGAUACAUUUAGCGCUUUACACUUUCCAAGAUGCUGUGAAUGAGGUUUUAAAGAGUCACAGCAUAAAACCUCACUGGAUGUUUGCCCUUGACAAUCUUGUGAGGAGCUCUGUUCACUGUGCCAUCACUGUUCUCUCUCCAGACCAUGAGAGCCUACUAGGUUCCCCAGAUGAGAACAUUGGCGUGUUGGGGGGGAGCCCUGGGAGACCACGGGAUGCCGUUGAGGAAGGCAGCACUUCAGGUGUUUCCACCAUCAACUCUACUAAGUCAGCCAAGCUGCUACAUGACUUCCACCACUCAAAGCAGUGCCACCAGCUGCAGGAGAAGUUCCAAGCAGCCAGGGCGGAGAAUCUCAGGUUUGUGAAAAGCUGUGGAUUGCUUGACCAUGAGAGCCUACUAGGUUCCCCAGAUGAGAACAUUGGCGUGUUGGGGGGGAGCCCUGGGAGACCACGGGAUGCCGUUGAGGAAGGCAGCACUUCAGGUGUUUCCACCAUCAACUCUACUAAGUCAGCCAAGCUGCUACAUGACUUCCACCACUCAAAGCAGUGCCACCAGCUGCAGGAGAAGUUCCAAGCAGCCAGGGCGGAGAAUCUCAGUACAUCAGGCCGAAUCACCGGCUCACCACACUUUGGCACGCUGCCGUGGCAUGCAGCCACACGCCACACUUUGAGCGCACAAUCGCCUGCUGGUACCAUGGGGUCCCAAUCAAGUGCUGAGACGGUGACUGGAGAGAGUAUUCCUGAGGAUGCUGCCUCCCCAUCGUUUGCCCACAAUCCUCACGAACCCCCCAUGAUCCACGUGUCCUCUCGCAACAUCGAUAUGGAGUUGGUUGCUUGGCUUCAGGCACUGUCAAUUGAUCGUGAUGUUAUCGAUAAGUUUCUAGCUGAGGACUAUACCAAAGAUGAUGUUCUUCUCUGGAUGACUAGAGAUGACCUCAGGAGAAUGCAGAUGAGAGGGGGAGUGGAAUUGCGCAUCUGGCGUAAUGUGGUGCAGUACCGCCAUUCUCAGGGCCUGCCAGUCAAUCCCGAAGAGCCCACUGCAUCUUGCAACACCCCCAAAUCAAGCUCCUCUGACUCAAAAUCCCGUUCAACCAAGUUAUGAAAGAGGGUUGUGUGCCUGUGCUGGUGGUGAAACAGUCGCAGGUUCUUGUGGGAAAAUUAAGGAAGGAUUUUUGCAGGAGGCCCAUUAAUACCUCCUGCAUUUUUUUUUAGGCUUUUUUGGGUUGAGAGAAAAUAUAGUAUUCUGAUUUAGCAUUGUUAGUAACGAUAUUAAAAAAAUAUAUAAUGAAGGUAACUUUAAUGAGCUUCUUCAACAGUGCAUUCAGUAAACUUCUUGAGCACACAAUUUAAGGAGCAGGAGCCGCCAGGGGAUAUAUAAUGCAUUACUUUUGAUUAAUUGCACUAAUUGCAUAUCCUCAACCUCUAGCAUUGGGUCAGAGGGUCACAUGGAGUCAGAUAUAAUUUGCUUCAUAUGGUGCUAACAGUACAUAGUGUUUAUGGCAGUUUCAAUAACUGUGUGAGUUUCUGUGUGCAAGAACCUGAGGAUGUAUGUGUUUUCUCUUUGUGUGCGUGUGUUUUGUUUUCCUUUGCUUGCUUAUAAUACAUGGUGCUGGAUAUGCCUGACAGAGUUUUGGCAUUGGUUAUGUGUUAAUUUUUGAAUGUCAUCAUAUGUGUUAGUUUUACAGGAUAGAAGAAAGUCUAUGGAGAAAAUAACUGAAAAUUUACUUUAUUUAUGGGGAUAAGAAGGAAGGAUGCAGCUUGCAUUUGAUCAAUUGAACAAAUCUCAUAUAUAAAGAUAAUCUUUCCAUUACUCUGAUAAUACUUCAGGGAACGUUGCAUGUUCUUUUUCAUUUGCUGUUUGAUGUGAAAAUUGUAAAAAUAAAAGCCUUAAAGUAAAUGAUAAGCACAUUUUGUAUAUGGAUUGGGUAUAGGCAUUUUAUCUCAUCAAAUCAUGAAAGAUGUGAAAUUUUAGUUCUUUGCAAAUGAAGAUUUAUAUUUUGAUGUUUUGUGUUUUGAUAUAUAUAUAGAUAUAUAUUGUAUAUAGGACAGAGAGAGAAACAAAAGAAAGAUGGAUAUAUAGAUAUAUAUAUUAUUAUACAAUAUUAGAUUAUGCAAUAUUAGAUUAGAUCUGGCUCCAUAUGAACACAGUAAUGGCCACUAAUCUACAAUAGUAUUUUUAUAAUAUAGUAACCAGUAAUUGAAUGAUACUGUGUUUGCCCUAGCUUGGGGUUAUCAUAAGGUGGAGGAAAAAUGUUGAUAAAACAUUUCAACCAUAACACCAAGCCCCUUCCGUGAUAUGUGACGAUCUGACUUGGAGACAGUAAUGCUUCAGGGUUGCAGUUUUAGCAUGUCUGUCCCUGGAAUAAAGAUGGUGAAAAAUUGAAGGAUAUCAGCUAGUACUGGUUUUCUUCUUUUUAGGUUAUAUUUAAAGUAAUUGGUAAAGAACAGCUUAUUUGCUUUCCCAAACCAACACUGCCAAGGUUCUUCCUUAAUUAGAUACACAGAGGUUAGCUGUGGAAACUCAUUUCCUUUGAGACAGUAUGUCUGAUAGGUAGUUAUAUUAGUACAUAUUAAUAAUGGAUGCGAUUCAUGUUGCUGGUUUUAUUGUAUUGGGAAAAUAGAUGGAAUGUCAAAGGGUGUUAUCAUGAAUAUUUUUCUGUUUUACAAAAAAAAAAAAAAAAAUUAAGGAAGGUUUUCCAUUGUGUGGAUCCUAAAUUGACUAACAUCUGCAACAAAAAACUUAGUAUUGUUUUGAUUAGGAAAUGUUUGAAAAAGUGAAGGGCAGUUGUCUCUUGUGUGUGUGUGUGUGUGCGUGUUUUCCUUUUCUUUCUUCUUCUUCUUUUCUUUUUUUUACGCAAAGAAGUUUAAAUUUUGUGUGUGUAGUUAUAGUUCUUUAGAUUACUAUUCUUUACUUUCUAGCAAGAAGCUUGUACAUAGACAUUAUUCUCAUGAGGUAUCUUGUGGUACAUUUGAUAUUUUCUUUGGCAAUUUCUUGGGACAAGACUGAUUCCUAGGCUCACUUCUCAUCAAGUGAGUACCAUUGAAGAUUUGCAAGUGGCAAGCCUUGCCCGCUCCUUUCAUUGGUGUCCUCCCUCUAGUGCUGUGAUUAUUGGACAGUGUUGAUUCCUCAAUACUUCACAGUUCCUGACAAUAUGUGCUUUAUUAGUCAUUGCCUUUUAUUUUCUGUAAGGUGAGGAGGGAAUAGGUCUAUAUGAUUUUUUUUUUUUUUUU